AUGGCAGGCGCGCAUUAUGAGGGCGGGAAUAGCAAAGCGGCGGCAGGACCGGCUUCAGGGGCUGUCGCAUCCGCGGAGGCGGCGGCCAGGUUGGCGCGACUGGAGGCACUCACGGACAAGCAACUGGCCGAGUUCAGUACGGCAGUACGACAAAUUGAUAAACUGCAGGUGCGGACGCGACUAACCGGAGGCGACAUUCGGAGGCCCCUGGCGCAGCAUCGCGAACACAAACGGGGGCUCAAUGCCCCCACCAACCUCUCGUACAUCACGACACACCGCUGUGCGGUACGGCAGUUCAGACGCCGGAGUUUAUCCGAGUGGCCUCACUCACUCGCUCACUACAUGCUGUGCUGUGUUGUGCUGACCAAUCCGGAUGGCGGUGUUGUGUUCACCUUUUCGCAGCUGCAAACCGCCGCUGCGGACCACUCUGCCGUACUUGUACGACUGGCUUCGGAGCAGGAGGUGCUACGUGGCCAGCUGAGGGACACCCAGGCGCUGUUGGUGGCGGUGCAGGGCCUGACUGCCAAGCAGUUUCAGCUGUCCUGUAACAGCUCACAUCAGUUCAUCUCAGCCGGCAUCGUUUAUUCCAUCAGCAAGAAAGUAACGGUUCCUGUCAGCUGCUAA